AUGCAAAACUCAACUUCCAUGACCGUGACAUCAGAAGAACUAGCUGGGGCCUUGUUACCACUGCUAACCAAUAUAAAAGGAAGAUACUGCACUGAAUUAAUUAAAAAAAAAAAUGCUGCUGGAGCAUUGGAUUUGCUGAAGGAGCUUAAGAAUAUUCCCAUGACCCUGGAAUUAUUACAGUCCACAAGAAUUGGAAUGUCAGUUAAUGCCAUCCGAAAGCAGAGUACAGAUGAAGAAGUUACAUCUUUAGCAAAGUCUCUCAUCAAAUCUUGGAAAAAGUUACUAGAUGGGCCAUCCACUGAUAAAGAUUCUGAAGAAAAGAAAAAAGAGCCUAUGAUUACAUCACAGAAUAGCCCUGAAGCAAGAGAAGAAAGUAGUUCCAGUGGCAAUGUGAGCAGCAGAAAGGAUGAGACAAAUGCUCGAGACACUUAUGUUUCAUCUUUUCCUCAGGCACCAAGCACUUCAGAUUCUGUACGGCUAAAGUGUAGGGAGAUGCUUGCUGCGGCUCUUCGAACAGGAGAUGACUACAUUGCUAUUGGAGCUGAUGAUGAAGAAUUAGGAUCUCAGAUUGAGGAAGCUAUAUAUCAAGAAAUAAGGAAUACAGACAUGAAGUACAAAAAUAGAGUACGAAGUAGGAUAUCAAAUCUUAAGGAUGCAAAGAAUCCAAAUCUAAGAAAAAAUGUACUGUGUGGAAACAUUCCUCCAGACUUAUUUGCUAGAAUGACAGCAGAGGAAAUGGCUAGUGAUGAACUUAAAGAGAUGCGGAAAAACCUUACCAAAGAAGCCAUAAGAGAGCAUCAGAUGGCCAAGACAGGUGGCACCCAGACUGACUUAUUCACAUGUGGCAAAUGCAAAAAGAAGAAUUGUACUUAUACACAGGUCCAAACCCGUAGUGCUGAUGAACCGAUGACAACAUUUGUUGUUUGUAAUGAAUGUGGAAAUCGAUGGAAGUUCUGCUGAAUUGGAAGAAAUUGUCAAGAUGUCUGGACCAUUAAGAAAAUGGAUUUUAUAGUUAGCUUUAAAGCUAGGAAAAGCCGCUAGUUUUCCUGC